UCAAAGAAAAACAGCGAGCUGAUCCAUGCAUUCGUGAAAUCAUCUUCCAAAUAGAAUCUGGAGAAAAGAUCCCUCCAACUGUAAGGACAGAACUCCCCGAACUUCCACUUCUGUUGAGGGAAUUGAACAAGCUUGAGUUACAGAAUGAAAUUCUGUAUCGGCGAAGGCAAGAAGGGGAACAAAUAUCUUAUCAACUGGUUCUACCUGAAGAUCUGAGAGCACUUGUCUUACAGAGCUUACACAAUGACAUGGGUCACAUGGGCAUAGAGCGAACUCUAGAUCUUGUCCGAACACGUUUCUUUUGGCCCAAAAUGGCAGCAGCUGUGCAACACAAAAUCAAGACCUGUGAUCGCUGUAUACGCAGGAAAGCUUUGCCUGAGAAAGCAGCUCCACUGGUGAACAUUAAAGCAACCCGUCCUUUGGAGUUGGUGUGUAUGGAUUUUCUCAGUCUUGAACCCGAUACCAGCAACACUAAAGAUAUUCUUGUGUUAACUGAUCAUUUCACCAAGUUUGCAGUAGCUAUUCCCACUCCCAACCAAAAAGCAAAGACUGUAGCAAAAUGCUUGUGGGAUAACUUUAUUGUUUACUAUGGUAUCCCGGAGAGGUUGCACACUGACCAAGGGCCCGAUUUUGAAUCUCGCUUGAUUAAAGAACUGUGUGAAGUUUCUGGAAUACAGAAAGUUCGAACCACCCCAUAUCACCCUCGGGGAAAUCCCGUUGAAAGAUUCAACCGAACAUUGCUCAAUAUGUUGGGGACUUUGGAAAAUAAGCAGAAAUCAAAGUGGCGAGAGUUUGUGAAGCCCUUGGUCCAUGCCUAUAACUGCACUCGUAAUGAGGUAACUGGGUUCACUCCUUAUGAGCUCAUGUUUGGACGAUCACCUCGACUUCCUGUUGAUUUGGCUUUUGGUUUACCUGUGAGAGAUCAGCCCAAAUCUCACUCUCAAUAUGUGCAAGAUCUCAAGAGCCGGUUGCAAGAAAGCUACCAACUAGCUUCUCGGAAUGCUCUGAAAACAGCAGAAAGAAAUAAAGUCCGAUUCGACAAAAAGGUGACUACUUCAGAACUGGAUGUGGGUGACAGGGUCUUGGUCAGGAAUGUGCGUAUCCGUGGCAAACACAAACUUAUGGACAAGUGGGAGGCUGACAUCUAUGUUGUGAUCAAGCGGGCUGGAAAGCUUCCAGUCUACACUGUAUGUCCGGAAACCAAAGACGGCCCUAAACGCACCCUGCAUAGGGACCUUCUUCUUCCUUGCGGGUUCCUCCCUGUGACAACAGCAGAAGAACUCUCUCCGCCUACGCCUGUCCGCCGGCCACGCACACGUCGUCAUUCAGCCAACUAUGAACCUGACACUGUUGAUCUAGACUUUUGUGAUGACGAGACUUUCAACACUUGGGUCUCUAGAAGUCAUUUUCAGCCGACAGCUAAGUUUACUGUGGGAGGGCAUUUCGAUGCUGAAGAGGAGAUUAAGACCCCCAAAGCUGUCGACCCUGCCUCUCUAUCAUCCAAACUUUCAUCACCGUCACCCUUGGGCCCUCCGCCCACAGCGGAGCAUCUGCCUGAACCCAUUACUGUGGAGGAAACCAUCUUACCUGGAUCUGUGGAGGAAAACAACUUACCUGGAUCUGUGGAGGAAAACAACUUACCUGGAUCUGUGGAGGAAAACAACUUACCUGGAUCUGUGGAGGAAAACAACUUACCUGGAUCUGUGGAGGAAAACAACUUACCUGGAUCUGUGGCGGAAAACAACUUACCUGGAUCUGUGGCGGAAAACAACUUAUUUGACUCUGUGGAGAACUUUCCCACUGAUACCCUACUCGACGAAAACCUACCUGAACAUGAAGUGCCUGGAGAACUAGUAUUGGACCCCGCUGACAUGUCUACUGAACCUGUUACAAAUCCAAGUGACACCCCUGAGACUGAAAGCUCCCUCAGACGUUCACAAAGAGACAGAAAACAACCAGAGAGGUUUCAGUACCAUCAGUUAGGCCAUCCUUUAAUUAAUAUUGUACAGUCUCUUUUCCAAAGUUUGUCUUCAGCCUACGCUGAAGCCUUGAGUGACAGUAAUGGUUCCAAGUCCUUUCCUACUUCAAAGAUCCAUGUAGUAUAGCCUCUUAGCAUGCAACGGGACGUGCAUGGAUUUAGAGGGGGAGGAUGUAACCCAGGUGCUAAAUGAGCAGUUAUUUCAUAUUUAUAUUUUUUUAUAUAUAUUUAUGUUUAUAUUUAUAAACUCAUUUCCAGCUCAUUCAGACCCCGUCAGUGUGACGUCAUGUGACUAGCGUUCAGCCAAUCAGCUGAGCCGCUCCGCUAUUUACAGGAAGCAGAUGCUCUCAUUGUGGAUGAAUGGGGGCUGAUGCGCGGAGCGGCUGCAGAUUGUCCACUGGCUGUCGGGAGGUUGUCGAAGUCUGAAACCUGUGAAUACUUGAUUGUCUGUCAGAAACCUGUUGAAUACUUGACUGCCUGAAUUGGCCAGGUUUUGUGAUCCCGGAUGGUGAGCUAUUCCAGAAUCCAGUGAUCAGGAGUCCACGUGGAGGAACCAGGAAUCAUACUCAACAG